UUUUAUUUUGUGAUCGCGUUGUUCUGGAGUGGCUGAAAAUUUAGAAAGUGCUUAAAAAAUAUUGGAUAUUUCGGAAUUUGGGAUGGAAGAAAUUCAAAGAAACGAUCCGGAGACCCAUGCGCUGUUGGAGGAAAACAGCUUCCGGAGAACAUACAUAAGAAUCGCUAUCCGGAUAACAGAUCUUAUGACCAAACGCGGGUCAAAUAGUCGACGAUGAACGGUCUCUCUGGCUCUGAUUAUAUCAAUGCCAAUUUCGUAAUCGGUUACAAGGAACGUAAAAAGUUUAUCUUCGCUCAAGGACCCAUGGACAGUGCAGUAAACGAUUUCUGGCAAAUGAUUUAGGAACAGCAUUUGGAAAUUAUUGUCAUGUUGACCAACUUGGAGGAGUACAAUAAAAUGAAAUGUGCCAAAUAUUGGCCGGAGAAUUUUAACGACUCGACACAGUAUGGAGAGCUGGGCAUUACUUUUACUUCCGAUAGCUACUAUGCCGAUUAUAUAUUGCGAAAUUUGAAGGUUACAAAACGAUCUAUCAACUCAGCUGGCGAAGAUAUAGAAGACAAACGAUACAUCUCUCAGUUCCACUAUUUGAUCUGGAAGGAUUUCAUGGCACCGGAACACCCACAAAGAAUCACCAAAUUCAUCAAACGCAUCAAUUCAGAAUACUCAUAGCAGCGUGUUGGUGUUGGUCGAACCGGUACUUUCGUGGCCCUCGAUACACUGUCACAGCAAUUCAACGAGGAAGGUCAGGUUUUCAUCUUCAACACAAUUUGUGAUAUGCGAUAUCAAAAAAAUUUUCUCGUUCAGUCACUG